AUGGUCAUUACCGUCAUACUCGCCAAUGCUAAUCUCCACCGAACGUUGGUAGAUCAAGGCAGCUCCGCAGAUAUCUUGUUCAAAUCCACCUUCGACAAACUCGGCCUGCAGGAUAAAGAGCUCAAAGCGUAUCCGAAUAGCUUGUUCGGACUCGGAGACACCCCAAUUCAACCAUUAGGGUACAUCUCACUGCAUACAACCCUCGAAAAAGGAACUCGGUCAAGGACACUAAACACAGACUAUAUCGUAGUCAACGUGAGCUCGGCUUAUAACGCCCUUAUAGGUCGGACAAUACUAAACCAGCUCGCCGCAGUAGUCUCCACUCCAUAUCUGUGCAUGAAGUUCCCAACUCUAGAAGGGAUCGCCACGAUAAAAAGAGACCAAAAGCUUGCACGACGCUGUUACAACGAAAGUCUAAACCUUAAAGGCAACCCCAGAGGAGAGGAAAUCAACACCAUUGAACUCGGGGGAGUUCAAGUUCGCGAAGAACUUCAUCCACAACCUAAAGGGGCAAUCUUAAGGGGAGACUUAAAAGAGACACUGAUACAGUUCCUAAAGAAUAAUGCUGACCUCUUUGCAUGGAAGGCUACGGACAUGCCCGGCAUAGAUCCCAAGUUAAUGUGCCAUAAGCUGGCGGUAUAUCCCGGAUCUUGGCCAGUGCAACAGAAGCAUAGGAAGCUUGGCCCAGAAAGGUCCCAAGCUGUGGAAGAGCAGUUAAAUGGCAAGUGGAGAAUGUGUACCGACUACACCGACCUCAAUAAGGCCUGCCCAAAAGAUCCCUACCCACUCCCGAAUAUAGACACUCUAGUGGACGCCUCUUCCGGAUACAAGUACCUCUCCAUCAUGGAUGCCUAUUUGGGAUACAACCAAAUCCCAUUGUACCCACCCGACCAAGAGAAGACCUCAUUCCUAACCCCAAAGGCAAACUAUUGCUAUAUAGUUAUGCCCUUUGGACUUAAGAACGCAGGGGCUACCUACCAAAGACUGAUGAACAAAGUCUUCGCCGACCUCAUCAGAAAGCUAAUGGAGUUCUAUGUAGAUGAUAUGCUGGUAAAAACACAAAGUGAGGAAUCGUUGUUAUCCGACCUCGCUAAAGUGUUCGACACCAUAAGAAAGGAUCGUAUGCGACUUAACCCCGCAAAUUGCACCUCGCGGUAG